AUGGGGGUGGAUGAGAAAAAGUCGAAGUUGAAAAUACUUCAAGUUUCUAACAUAUCGGUCUCCGCGACCAGGGAGCAAAUCUACAAUAUGCUCCAUUAUAUUGGAAAAAUCGAAGAUUUAAAAAUUUAUCCCAGUGAUGGUUUCAUAACUUCAUCUACUACUCACAGAGUUGCUUUUGUCAAAUACGAUGACGACCGUUGUGUUGAAGUCGGCCAACAUCUCACCAAUACAGUUUUAAUUGAUCGAGCUAUUUUAUGUAUUCCAUGGUUACAACCAACCAUUCCUGAUGAAGGAACAUUCAUGAAUAGUGGCCCUGCUGUCGCUGGACAAAGACAAUUGCCUCCUCAUGUUUCCAAUAAGGUUCAACGUGACGAAGAUGGAGUGUCAAUGUUGCUUACAGUCGAUCCUACGUUGGAGCAGUUGGGUCUACCAGCAUAUCCACUUCUUCCUGGAGAUACUGACCUAAACAAAGUGGAGGAAAUUCGUCGUACAGUUUAUGUUGGAAAUCUACCAAAAGGCGUUGAUGGACAAACCAUUCUGGACUUUUUUAAUAUUUAUAUUGGAGAGGUUAUGUAUGUUCGUAUGGCUAUUGGUCCUGAGAGUCUUCCCUGCUCAUAUGCUUACGUAGAGUUCUCUCAACAAUCUACCGUUCCUAUCGCUCUCCAAAACAACGGAACAGAAUUCCAGGGAAGAAUGCUAAAAAUUCAACACUCACGUGUUGCUAUCCUCAAACCACAACAGAAAACGGCUGAUCAAGCUUUGGAAGAAGUCGAGGAAGCCAUCAGAAUGGGUAGAGCCGCUGGAGGAGACGCAAAGAAAUCUCGCUCUCGUUCCCCCAGAAGAAGAAGAUCACCAAGUCCUCGUCGCGAGAGAAGAAGAUCUACAUCUCGGGAUAAUAGACGACGUAGUAAGAGUCGCGACCGUAGAAGAAGUAAAAGUCGUGACCGCAGAAGAAGUCGCAGCAGAGAUAAAAGAAGAGAACGUUCAAGAUCUACUGGUCGUAGAGACCGUUCUAGAUCUCGGGAUAGAAAACGAUCUCACUCCAGAGACAGAAAAAGAGAUAGACGAGAUCGCCGUAGAAGCAGAAGUCGAAGCAAAGAUAAGAAAAAGGACAGAAGAGACAGAUCCUCUGAUCAUCGGAAGGAGAAGAGAGAUAAUAAGGAAAAUGACAAGUAUGAAAAGAUGGAGGUGGGUGAAGAGGAGAAGCUAAGAGAUAAACUAUUAGAGAAGGCAGCGCGUAAUGGAGACGUUGAAAUGGAAGAGGUCUCUGAAAAAAUUCCAAGCAAAAUUAAAAAUGAACGAAAAAGACGUGAUAGCGACAGCGAUUAG